AUGAAGGAGAAGCAUGGUAUUAGAUUACCAGGUGUCCUAUUGGAUGAAAUUCGUUCCAAGGAAGAUGCCGGUGGUUUACCUGACAGAAAAUUCAAAAAUGGAUUGAACAAGAGAAAAGCUUCCCGAAGAGAUCUUAGAAAAGAGAAAAGAACACUCAAAAAACAAAAGCAAAAUCAUAGUAAGGUACUGUCGACCUCUAAGGAAGAAGAAAAAUCGAAGCCAAAACUAACAUCAAGUUUAAAAAACAAGGAAACAUCACUUAAAUCAUCGUUCAGAGAUAGUUCUGCAUCAAAAAAGAAAUCCGUAGUAUUUGAUGAAUCAUUGAACACCACAAAAAGUGUGAAGCCUGCGUACAAGAAGCUGGAUUUUUUCGAUGAAGAAGAUAUGGGCGAUGAGGAUAGUGAUUUAGAUGAGAAUCCUCCAAAUGCGAAGAAGGAAAGGCCAAAGACCUCUAAGGAAAUCAUGGAAGAAUUAAAUGGAUUCAACCAGGAUAAACACGGGGAUGAGGAUUUUUCCGAUUUCUCGGGGGAUAGCGACGAGAUGAGUGAUCUUGAAGGUCCAGACCAACCACAGACUCCAUCGGAAGUAUUUGCAGCAUUACAAAGAGCCAAAAUGAACAAAUCAUCGAAACCACCUAAGAAACAGGCACCAGAACCACCAAAAGCAAAAACCAAGGCCAAGGCCAAGACUGCAAAGGAAAUAAUGGAAGAGUUGAAUGGGAAGAAUGAUAAUGUUGAAGAGGAGGAAGAAGAUUUCUCUGAUUUUUCAGGCGACAGUGAUGAAAUGAGCGACCUUGAAGGCCCUGAUCAGCCGCAAACUGCUGAGGAAGUGUUUGCAGCUUUGAAAAGAGCAAAAAUGGGAAAUGUGGAAACAGGCAAAAAAAGCACAAAGAAAAGUGAACAACCUAAAAAAGAAACCAAAACUAAGACAGCUAAAGAAAUAAUGGAAGAAUUAGGAGGAAAAAAUCACAAGCAGGAGGACUAUGAUGAUGAUUUUUCCGACUUCUCAGGCGAUAGUGAUGAAAUGAGUGACCUUGAGGGUCCAGAUCAACCACAAACUGCGGAAGAAGUUUUUGUAGCUUUGAAGAAGGCAAAAAUGGGCGUUAACAGUGCAACAAAGAAGCCUGAACCUAAAAAGGAAAAAUCCAAAAAGGAGAAGAAGUUAUCAAUCCCAGCAUUUUUGCAAGAUGAUUUGAGGAGAGAUGAAGAAGAGAUGAAGUUUUAUGCCAAGAAAUUGGGGUUGAAAGAUAUGAAAUUAUCGAAGGCUGACGACGAUGAUUUUAUUGGUGGAUUAUUUGAUGGGUUAGAUUUCAUGAAUGAUUACGGUGCUGGUGAGGACGGUGGUGAAGAUGAAGGAGAGUAUGAUGAUGAGUCUGGCGAAGACGAUGAUGACAUUCCGGAGGAACCAAAGAUCAAAGAGAAUCCAUAUGUUGCACCAACUCUGGCAAUUGAAGAAAAACCAAAGAAGUAUAUCCCUCCAGCAUUGAGAAAACUUCAACUCAGUGAAGACGAGCAAGAAAGACUUAAGAUUCAAAGAGCUAUUAAGGGUCAAUUGAACAAGUUGUCUGAAGUGAAUAUCUUGGUUAUUGCCAAUGAAAUCAACAGUCUUUAUUUUGACAACUCUCGUCAUUUGGUUAAUGAAACUUUAACAAAAACUAUUCUUGAAAGUAUUUACUUGCAAACAAAAUUGUUGGAUAGUUUUGUGGUUUUGCAUGCUGCAUUAGUGGCGGCCAUGUAUAGAUUGCAAGGUACCGAAUUCUUGGUGCAUUUUAUCCAAUCUUUGGUGGAAAACUAUGAAAAGUAUUAUGAGUCUAACUUGGAAAACAAAAAGAAGGAAUCAAGUAAUUUGUUAUCUUUGUUAACAUUCUGCUACACUUUGCAGGUGGUUAAUUGCAACUUAAUCUAUGACAUCAUCAAGGUACUUAUUGGCAACUUUAAUGAAUAUAAUUCAGAAUUAUUGUUAAGAAUGAUUAACAAUACUGGCAGUCAGCUUAGGUCGGAUGAUCCGUCAGCCUUGAAAGAAAUUGUGUUGAUGAUGUAUGAAAACACUAAGGGUAAAAAAUUAACGCCAAGAAUGGAAUUUUUAAUCGAAUCUAUUGAGGACUUAAAAAACAAUAAAAUGAAUAAAAGAAGAAACGAAGUUACUGAGAAUAACUAUCAGUUGAUAAUCAAAAUGAAAAAGUUUUUAGGAAGCAUAAACAAUAAUAAGAACCAUGACCCAUUGACCGUCACCCUUGAUGAUCUUCACAAUAUUGACAAGAGAGGUAAAUGGUGGCUCACUGGUUCUGCAUGGAAAGGCAGAGAGCCAGAGUCCAAGAGUGAGCAAAUGACAAGUGGCACAGUGGAUGAUGAAACGAUUUUUGAGAAUCUUAAUGCUGAAGCUAUCGAUGAUAUAAUUGAUUCCAGUGAACCAAACUGGCUCGAAUUGGCUAGAGCAUAUCGUAUGAACAAUGAUAUUAGAAGAGCCAUUUUUAUCAGUAUAAUGUCUAGUGACGAUUACAUUGAUGCAUUCACAAAAUUGGACAAGUUACAACUUAAGCGUUCGCAACAAAAGGAUAUCCCAAGUAUUUUAUUGCAUUGUCAACAACUAGAACCUGGAUUCAAUAAGUUUUAUGCAUUAUUGGCUGGGAAGUUAUGCAGUGAGCAUCUCUACAGAAAAACUUUGCAAUUUUGCUUAUGGAACUUGAUUAAAGAAUUGAAUGGCGAUGAUGAUGAUGGGGACUCCGACAGUGAUGAUGGUAAUGUUUUCAAGUCACAAAUAAAGAGCAGUAUUGACAACGAAGUCGAAUCAGAAGAUAUCAAGCUUCAAAAAUUGAUCAACUCUGCCAAAUUCUUUGGCUUUCUCAUGGGAAUUGGAUCGUUACAAUUGAAUUUGUUCCGUGUCGUGAAUUUCUUGACUAUAAAUGAGGAUACAAGGCUAUUCUUGGAGAUCACUUUUAUUACCUUCUUUGAAGAGGUUAUCAAGAAGAGUGAACCAGAAGGCGGCAACAAAAAAAAAUCUGAUUCCUUCAAUGACAAGAUUCUCAAUCAAAGAUUUGAUAAGAUUUCUGAUCCAGUGUUAAUCAAAGGGAUUCAGUUAUUCUUACGCAAAAGAGUCAAGAAUUCUAGUUUUGUGAAAAAUAAGUACAAGAAGAAGAUUUCAUGGGCAAUCGAUGCAAUUUGUGACAUCAAAUCUGAUGGAGACGAUGGCGCUGACGAAUAUUAA